UCGCGAGAUGAUACGUAACCUACUUUCAUUUUCGAUUCGAGGCACGGACUCGGUUACAUUUGGCGCCAUUAUAGUAGUGGGUGUUGAAGCAUACGGACGAUAAAAUGUCAGGCCGUGGAAAAGGAGGAAAAACGAAAGCAAAGGCAAAAAGCCGUUCAUCCAGGGCAGGUCUUCAGUUCCCAGUUGGGAGAAUCCAUAGACUUUUGAGGAAAGGAAACUAUGCAGAACGAGUGGGUGCAGGUGCCCCCGUGUAUUUAGCAGCAGUGUUAGAAUACCUGGCAGCAGAAGUCUUGGAGUUGGCGGGCAAUGCUGCCCGAGACAACAAAAAGACCAGGAUUAUUCCCCGUCACCUUCAGCUGGCCAUCCGUAAUGAUGAAGAACUGAACAAACUCCUGUCUGGAGUGACCAUUGCACAAGGUGGUGUCUUGCCCAACAUCCAGGCUGUGCUCUUACCAAAGAAAGCAGGAACAGCAGGCAAAAAAUCAUCACAGUCCCAGGAGUUUUAAACAACAGACACUUGGCAGACAUUUGGUUUAUUAUAACGCUAUCAGAGAGAUGGAUGUGUGGUGUGUUCUUAAAAACGAGAUUGUCAUCUCAGCAAUUCAAGAUCACGUGAUACGGAUCAAUGUUGUUGUCUCUGCUUAAUACUUUUGUCUUGAUUUACAAUUAUUUUUUAGUUUGAUGGAGUAUGACAGUCUGACACUGAACUUGUUUUAAUAAAUAUUUUUUGUUUUGU